AUGGGGGCACAGGACGGCCUGGUCCCCGCCUGCCAGCCCUCGGCCUGUGUCCAGACCCACAUGCCCAGCCGGAGUCCUAGCCUAACCCAGGGGCUCCCGCCUGACUCUCCCGGAAGCUCCUUCAGAUACAAGUUCUUCCAGUACUUGCAGAAGUUCCAGGCCUCAGGGCAGCUGGACAGCGUCAUCCGCAAGGCCUUCCAGACCCUGGACAAGGACCAGAGCAGCUUCAUUGAGUGAAAUGAGAUAAAGUACACCCUGUCCACCAUCCCCAGCAGGGGACCCAGCACGAUGGACGAGGAGGCUGAGGCUGUGAUCCAGGGGGCCGACACAGAUGGGGAUGGGAGGAUUGACUUUGAAGAAUUUCCUGAAUUGAUCAAAAAGGAGAAAAAUCCAAAGAAGACGUAG